AUGAUCUGCAUCUCCUCGGGCGGGAACGCGCCCUUCAGCACCGGGUCCGGCAGCUCCGCCACAACCAGCCUGCUGUCCCACAACCAGCUCCCGGGCACGCCGAUGCCAGAGGCCAUCGCAGACCUUGUGCGGAAAGGCAUCGAUGAUGCGCCUCGAGUGAGGCGCUACCCUGCAUUCCCCAGCAUCAGUUUGUGCGGUGCUUGGACCGGCAUGUGCACGGCGAGCUUGGCGGCACCGACGGGCAUCUUCUUCUACGAGGCACAGCUGCGUCCGGGCAGCACCAUGACUAUGUCCUUCCCUGCAGAAGCUGAGCCACCCAUCCUCCCACACGACCUCGCCGAGAAGGUCCCCUUCGCAAACCUAAGCGCCGUCCUCACCACCUUCAACAUCCCAACAGGCUCCGCCGAGGCAUCCCACGUGGCGAAAACACUGAGCCUGUGCCAGUCGCUGCCGCACGCCGGCGAGAUCAGGGUCUGCACCACGUCGCUGGAGAGCACCGUGCGGAGCGCCAUGAACAUGCUAAUUGGUCGCUCCACCGGUGGUGACCACGGUAUGUGGACGGCCACGUCGGUGCUCCCGGCAGGCGGCGGCCUGCCACGUCAGCUGUACGAGGUCCAGGCGGUCACCAAGCUCCAUGGUGACUACUUCGUCGGCUGCCACAAGAUGCCAUUCCCCUACCGCGUCUACCAGUGUCACAUGACGGCCGGGCUGACGGACAAGGGCUACGUGGUCUCUCUCCAGGGACUCGUCGGCGGGAGCCCGACAGCCAAGUUGUUAGCAUUCUGCCACUUUGACACGUCCAAGUGGAGCCCGGCUCAUCCAUCGUUCCAGGUGCUAGGUACACACCCUGGAACGCCGGUGUGCCACUUCAUGCCGUACGCCAAUCCGGUGUUUGGCAUUGGCAAGAAGGCGACCAAACCGUAG